AGAAACCGGUGCCAGUACUGUCGGUUGCAAAAGUGCCUACGCCUCGGCAUGUCCAGAGAUGCCGUUAAAUUCGGACGCAUGUCGAAGAAGCAGAGGGAGAAGGUCGAGGACGAAGUCCGGUUCCACAGAGCACAGAUGAGAGCGGCCUCCGAGACGGCGCCCGAUAGCAGCGUGUUCGAGCAUCAGACACCUAGCAGCUCGGACCAACACCACCCCUACAACGGAGGGUACACCUAUGGCGGUAGCGAGUACGCUUCACCCGGCCCCGGGACAGGCGGAUCGGGCUAUUACAACCAUCAGGCGAUGGCGAACUACGAGCUUAGCGCCGAUUACGUCGACAGCACGACAACCUACGACCCCCGACCCUCCCAGGUCGCGGACACUGUCGCACCUGAUACACCAUCCGCUGUCACCGCAACUGGGGUUCUUCCCAGCGUGGUUACCACCGGAAAGUCGCUGUCUGCCUCGACGACCGGAAGCAGCACGGGGGGUAGUGGUGGAGGUAGUAGCGGUGGCGGUGGUAACGGUGGUGGAACCGGUGGCGGCGGCACGGGAGGCGGAGGGAGCGGUUCUGGCACCGGUGGCGGUGCGGCCGCGAGCGGCGGGGGUGGCGGCGGCGGUGGAGGAGGCGGUGGCGGCGGUGGUGCCGGUUCCCUGAGCGGUGGUGGAAUCGUUGCUGUGAAGCAAGAGACCACCGUCGAGCUCGCCAACCUGGGCCACGGCUCGUACACGAUGGUCGACUCGACGACCUUUCUGAGCGGUCAGCAACAGAGGGUCAGCAAUCCAUCCGAGGACGACGAAGUGCCGAGUCUGCCCAGUAUGUCCCAUGCGAGAUAUCCCGCACAGAUCAGCGAGCUGCUCUCGAAAACAAUAGCGGACGCCCACGCAAGAACGUGUCUGAUGACGACGGAAGAGAUCCAGGAAUCCUUCCGGAAGCCGCACGACCUCUCUAGAUUGAUCUACUACAAGAACAUGGCGCACGAGCAGCUGUGGCUCGAGUGCGCCCAAAAACUAACCGCCGUUAUCCAGCAGAUCAUCGAGUUCGCCAAGAUGGUUCCUGGAUUCAUGAAGCUCUCGCAGGACGACCAGAUUGUUCUAUUAAAGGCUGGUUCCUUCGAGUUGGCUGUGCUACGUAUGAGCAGGUACCUUGAUCUCCAGCAGAACUGUGUCCUCUAUGGUGACACAAUGUUGCCGCAGGACGCAUUUUACACGACGGACACGGCGGAAAUGAAGCUGGUUUCUUGCGUGUUCGAAAUGGCCAGGAGUAUUGCCGAAUUGAAGCUUACGGAAACGGAGCUCGCGCUUUACAGCGCAGCGGUUCUCUACAGUCCUGAUCGGCCAGGACUGAAAGGGCUAGCGGAAGUGACGAGACUGUCGCAGGCGGUGAUCAGGGCGCUCAGGUCGGAGUUGGAUCGUAACCACGUGUCGCCGAUCAAGGGCGACGUGACGGUGUGCGACGCGAUCCUCGCGAAGAUCCCCCAGCUCCGGGAGAUCUCAUUGCUCCACAUGGACGCAUUGGCGAAACUGAAACGUUCCCAGCCGCACCUCGACUUCCCGGCCCUACACAAAGAGCUUUUCAGCGUCGACAGCUGA